CGGUCCUGCUCAUGUGAUGUGAAAAUGGCCGCUACGGGGGAUGAGGCCGCGGCGAUGGACAGCAUCAGUAAAGCACCGGCUCCCCCGACAGAGCUCAACCUCACAGCCGAGCCCGAGAACAGCAGAGAGGCGACCACCAGCGACACGACAGAGAACCAGAAACCCAAAAGACCCAGUAAUAACAAUGACGGAGGUGUGGAGACAGCAGAAGAAGCCACUGAACCCGCUGAACCAGAUAUCAAUGAGCUCUGCAGAGACAUGUUCGACAAAAUGUCGGUUUUCUUGCAGGGAGAGCUCACUGCUACCUGUGAGGACUACAAACUCCUGGAGAACAUGAACAAACUCACCAGUUUGAAGUACAUGGAGAUGAAGGACAUAUCUAUCAACAUCAGCCGAAAUCUGCAAGACCUCAAUCAGAAAUAUGCCAGCUUGCAGCCUUAUCUGGAUCAGAUUAACCAGAUCGAAGAGCAGGUUACAGCUCUGGAACAGGCAGCUUAUAAACUAGACACUUAUUCAAAAAAACUGGAGGCCAAGUUUAAGAAACUGGAGAAGCGGUGAAAAUGAUCACUCCGUCAUACUCAUCCUCAAUGUUUUUACAAGCCUCUUAGUGAUCAUGUCUAUUUUAUGUACUAAGCAAUCACCAAACCAUCAUCACUAUGGCACUGUCACACCCUCCAAGUUAUAGCAUUAAGUACAUCACACAGUGAAUGCUCCUUUAUUGUUCACAAGAGUUAAGACUGUAAAGAACAGAUUUCCUGAUUUCAAAAUCCACAUUUACAAUACAAAGCAUGAAUACAGAAAAACCUGUAGAGUGUAUUUAAAAUGGCCUAAUUUAUGUUGUUCAAGAUGAUUAUUUCUGUUCAAUUUUCUGUGACUUAUGAACUUUUCGUAUGCCUGUGAUUAAAAAAGAGAAUGUUUUGUUAAGCAUUUGUAUUACUGAAUAAUUAUUUUCAAUAGUAUUAAUAAACCUAAAAUGUCAGCUCGUCAAUUUUUGGAAUAAAAAUAACUGAUAUUA